AUGCUGCCCAGCAUUCCAAGCCAGGCCCGCCCAAAACGGGUUUCACAGGGCGGAAAGAAAACCGCCAAUCACGCGACCAAUGCCACACACGCCAACUCCAUGGCUGCAGUCAUGUCCGGACAGGAACUGGGCAGUUUGCCUGGAUUCACAAGAGGGCGGGAUACAAUGCGGCACGGCGGGACUGUGGGGGGGUCUGCUCGCCAUUCCAAGUCGCCUUCCUCCCGACUGGCGCGAUCCCGCUCUCCAGGCGGAGGCCUGUUCAAUACUAACUCGUUAAACCCAAAACCAGUUCCGGGAACGUUUGUCACGGAUACCGGCAAAGUCAUUCAUCUAGAUCACGCAUAUCGACAAUUGUCUAACGCGGCGCUGUCAAGGUCUGGGGGGACGUUAUCUAAGUUCCAGAAAUCGUCUACGAGUCGAGAGCGCGGGGAGGAUGCUGUCUCAGAAUCGGGUGACAGUCGGCUCCAAGAAGACUACUAUUCUGGCGAGGAGACUUUUAGUGGAGAGAAUAGCAGCGACGAGGAGAAUGAUUAUUCGAGCUCGGCAGAGGAAGAUUGGAGCGCUGAAAUCCAACGUGGACGACGACGCAGCAGGAAGAAAUCCGAUUCAGAGGAGAAUGACCUCAAUAAGAAUGGCCCACAGAAAGUACGCAGUCUCCUUGCUGCAGCUGAGGAAGAGCGCAAGAAAGUCUCGGCCACUUACAAAGUCAAAUCGCUACUCGACCCAGAACCUGCUACUGGGAAAGCUGCAACAGAAAAACCCAUGAUCAAGAAGACCGGCGUCGUCCAUCCAACUACCAGCUUCGACCACGUAGGAUCAGGCCCAAAUACUCCUGCCGGCUCGGAUGAUGAAGCGCAAUACCGCGACUUCAAAAAAGCCCAGAAUCUCAGCAUCUACAUGUCCCCAAUCGACCAGUCCGUUCCAAAUCGGGUAAUUCGCACCAUCGUCCGUGGCGAGUUCACACGGGUCCAGGAAGAAGCGAGGCAGAACAGACGCAUGAGGUUACGCACCUACCUCGUCGCUACGGAUCUCAGCGAUGAGUCCGUCUACGCGCUGGAAUGGACGAUUGGCACGAUUCUUCGCGAUGGCGACACGCUCUAUGCCGUCUAUGCCAUCGAUGAGGAAACCUCCGGGCACGGGUCUGGGAAAGGGGGGGAGCCUGAUUCCACGUCUUCGGUGCAGAUCGGCGACGGGAUUAAGGUGAUGUUGGAUACUGCUGCUGUUGUUGGGUUGCAGACGAAGAAGACAGCAGAAAACUUGACGGGGGCGUCGCCUUUGCCUUCUGCGAAUACGUCGUCAACUCAGGUUAGUGGAGGAAGCGGCAGUAGCGGCGGCGGCGGCGGCGGUGGUGGUGGUGGUGGAGGAGGAGGAGGAGGAGGAGGAGGAGGAGGAGGAGGAGGAGGAGGUAGCGGUGGAACGGACAGCAAGACCGGCUCUGUUGAUUCUCGUGCUGUGUCAAAAUUCGAGGCGGAAAGGUUUCGGGCUAUCGAGGGGAUUUCGCAGACGGUUGUGCGGUUGCUGAAGAAGACUAGGCUGCAGGUUCGGGUUGCCGUGGAGGUAAUCCAUUGUAACAGUCCGAAGCAUCUGAUUACAGAAGCUAUUGAUGGUUUGGAACCUACGCUGGUAAUUCUGGGCUCAAGAGGUCGCAGCGCUCUUAAGGGCGUCCUCCUCGGUUCCUUCUCAAACUACCUCGUUACUAAAUCCUCUGUGCCUGUGAUGGUCGCGCGGAAGAAGCUGAAGAAACAUACUAAAUUCAAACGUGCCAAUGUCCGCUUGCUGAAUAAUCUUACGACGCCGAAGAAGUUGGUGUAUGCGAAGAUUGAUUGA